GGAAAAGGAAACCGAAACCCAAGCAGCAGCCGCCUCCCCGGCCCCUCCCGCGGCGUGACGUGCGCUCUCCGGGCUCAUAAAAGGGCUGAGCGGCCGCGGGCGGGCAGCCGGGCGAGGAGGUGGACAGCGGACAGCAUAGCCUGGGGACGAGCCGGAGCCGCAGUCAUGGGUUGGGACCUGAAGGUGAAGAUGCUGGAGGGCACGGAAUUCCAGGUGCCCAUGACCGAGUCCACGCUGGCAUCCGAGCUGAGGCAGCAGAUCGCCCAGAGGACCGGCGUGCCCACCUUCCAGCAGCGUCUGGCGGUCCACCCGGCUGGCAUGGCGCUGCAGGACGGGGUGCCCCUUGUCCGGCAAGGCCUGGGCCCCGGCUGCACGGUCCUGCUGGUGGUGCAGCGUGCCGAGCCCCUGAGCAUCCUGGUGAGGGACAGCAAGAGCCGCAGCAGCGCCUACGAGGUAUGGCUGACGCAGACCGUGGCCGAGCUCAAGCAGCAGGUGUGCCAGCGUGAGGGGGUCCAGGCAGACCUCGUCUGGCUGAGCUUCGAGGGGAGGCCCAUGGAUGACCGGCAGCAGCUGGGGGAGUAUGGCCUCAAGCCCCAGAGCACCGUGUACAUGCACCUGCGCCUGCGGGGCGGGCGGGGGUGCAGGACGGCUCCCCCCAGCCAGAAUCCCUGACAUGUCAGAUGACAAGAAUAAACGCUGAUGCAGACUGAA